AUGUCCGUCAAGAGCGUAACAUUCUGCAUAUCAAAUGAAUUGGGGUUACCAUUGCAGGUUAAAAUCGACUCCUUGGAGGGAUCGAAGCCACUGUUGAAAACGUCUCAAAGGUUAACUAAGCCGUCACUGUCGCAAAGAACGUCAGACGUGUUGGCGAAUAGCGAUAUGUUUGUUUCUGUGCAAGUUUUCGAUAAAGAAUCGCAGCGUAAUUUGACUAUUCCGGUCUAUACACCAUACAUCCCUUUCAAGAGUUCCCGAAAAUGGGAUGUAUGGCUGACAUUACCCAUAACCUUAGAACAACUCACUGCUCACAGUAUGCUCUCGAUAAUUUUAUGGGAAUUUGAUGGGGACAACGAAGUGGAAUUUUUUUCGGUUGAAACUCCUCUCUUCGAGGAAAGAAGUCGAUCUCUGAAAAGAGGGACGGAGGCGAUACGGUUCCAAAUCGAUGAUCCAGACAGCGGACGAAUUGAAACAAAUGAAGUUCAAGACCUGGUCAACAAAUAUAAACAAAGCGAAAUAAAAGCAGUUGAUUGGUUGGACGGCAUUACUCUCCCGCAGUUAGAAAAAUCCUUAAGAAAAAGAAAACUUCCUCCAGGUACAUUCGUUUUGAACAUCGAGUAUCCACUAUUCGAACUUCCCAUAGUUUACUCUGAGAAAAUUUCAGACAAGGCUUUAAAGAACGUACCGAACUUCCACAAUUUUGAUGUCAUCAACGAUCAGGUCGCGCGUCAAGAUUCCCAAGCCAAAUUAUCACUAGGCAGUGGAACCGAGUCAACUUUGAAAUUCUAUGACCCAGAUCAAUUCAACGUUGAUCCGAUUGAAGAGAAGUUUAGGCGGCUAGAGAGGGCAACUACCAACUCAAGCUUUGAGAAGGAGCUCAAACCGGAUUUGAAAAAGAGAGAUGUGCUCAACCAAAUAAUCAGCUACCCCCCUGGAAGCGAUCUCACAGCUCAUGAAAAGGGUUUGGUGUGGAAAUACCGCUAUUACUUAAUGAAUAAUAAAAAGGCAUUAACUAAACUGUUGCAAAGUACUAAUUUGACUGAGGAAAAUGAAAGGAAAGAAGUCUUAGAACUUGUGGACUCAUGGGCCGAAAUAGAUAUAGAAGAUGCCAUUGAGUUGUUAAGGUCAGCGUAUAAGAAUCUCUCUUUGAGAUCGUAUGCGGUGAAUAGGCUGAAGAAAGCGUCUGACAAUGAACUGGAACUGUAUUUAUUGCAGUUGGUUCAAGCUGUUUGUUUCGAGAGCGCCUCCCCAUUAUCGGAUAAAUCAGCUAGCGAAUUCACAAUAGUUGAUGUGAUGCAGAGUACUGCUCCGGUUCCUGCAUCUCCCAAAUACGACCAUUCAAAUGGGGCUAACUCGAUCAAUAGUGUUGAAAGCACUGCCAUGGGCCAAAGCUCUGUAUUGAUAUCACCGCUGGCGGAAUUCUUAAUACGGCGAGCUAUCAUCAAUGAUAGACUGGGCAACUUCUUUUACUGGUAUCUGAAGUCUGAAUCGGAAGGCAAUCAAUACUUGAUAUACAUUUUGGACAGCUUUGUCAGCCGCUUACCCAACAAUAAGCGUGCCAAGCUGGAUAAUCAGAUUGAAUUCAUGUCCAUGCUAGAAAAUUUCUGUCAGGAAAUUAAAAAUUUGAGGGAUACUACACCGAAGAAGCUGGAGCUCUUGUUACACCUUAUAUCUACAAAGAUGAAGCCCUUUUUGAAAUCUAAACCAGUAGAGCUACCGCUCGAUCCCGAUUAUGUUCUGACAGAUGUAGUUUCCGGCGGUUGUAAAAUUUUCAAAAGUUCUUUGUCUCCCAUCAAGAUUGUAUUUACCACUCAAGGCCAGGAAAAUUACUCUCUGAUGUUUAAGGUUGGUGACGAUUUAAGACAGGAUCAGCUGGUCGUUCAAAUCAUAUCUCUAAUGAACGAAUUGUUGAAAAACGAAAAUGUUGAUCUGAAACUCACGCCGUACAAGAUUCUGGCUACUGGUUCCAGAGAGGGUGCAAUACAAUUCAUUCCAAAUGAUACAAUGGCUAGUAUUCUCAAUAAGCAUCACGGUAUACUACCUUUUUUCCGAACACACCACCCGUCUCCAGACAAUGAACUCGGGGUUCAAGAGUGGGUUAUGGACAACUUUGUAAAGUCGUGUGCUGGGUAUUGUGUUAUAACGUAUAUUUUGGGUGUUGGCGAUCGUCAUCUAGACAACCUUCUCAUUACCCCUGACGGGCAUUUCUUUCAUGCAGACUUUGGCUAUAUUUUGGGUCAGGACCCAAAGCCCUUCCCCCCCUUGAUGAAACUGCCACCUCAGAUUAUCGAAUCGUUUGGAGGUGCUGAAUCUCAAAACUAUGACAAGUUUCGAAGUUAUUGUUUUGUUGCGUAUUCAAUCCUGCGGCGCAACGCCAAUCUGAUUUUGAAUCUUUUUGAGUUAAUGAAGCCGUCAGAAAUUCCUGACAUCAAAAUAGACCCCGAUGGUGCAAUCUUGAAAGUGAAAGAAAAAUUCUGUCUGGAUAUGUCGGAAGAAGAAGCUAUAAUUCACUUUCAAAACCUAAUUAAUGCAAGCGUCAAUGCGCUCUUACCACUCGUCAUCGAUCGUCUCCACAAUUUGGCACAGUACUGGCGUGCGUAG